UGGGGACGUUAUUUGUGACAUUUUCGAGUGCUAUCAUGCAAACUGUAAAAAAAAAGUAAAUAUUGCUUCAUAAUUACGGCAAUUAGAAACAAACAAUACAACAAUAAAGUAUGUAUAUAAAUACGCAAAUAGUUUGAUUAAAUCAGUUUGUUUUCUUGUAUUUCUGUCCCGAUAAACAAGUGCAUUAGGACGUUACUAUGUCGGUCCAUUUUUUUGCAUGAAAACAUUGGAAUCUCGAUACGUCCAUGCAUAUAAUGUUGUGUGAUGUGAGCGGUCUUUUACAAGAAGAAACACUGGUUUCGCGAUAUUUAUGCGUUGCACCUGAAUCUGAUGAUCAGAAACGCCACUAUAAACUUUUAUUCACAAAGUUUAAUGUGUCGGUCCAACCUAUAACGUCCGGUUAUUUAUCAUUAAAUACAAAACUACGUAAUUUUAUAAACAUGUUAUACUUCGGAACCGCAGUGUUGUGUACUACGUCAUCAAUUGUGGGCCCCGGUGUACACAACGAAAAUUAGCAUGGAUGCAAAUGAGGUUGAAUUUCAACUUGGGUGGAUUCGUGGAAGUUGCCUUGCCAUGCAGUAAAAACAGAAAACUGUUUGUAGCAGAGGAAGCGGUAGGUCCCGUGUUCGAUCCGGCAGGAGGGCGGGCUCUAUUAGUUUCCGAACACCGCUUCAUUGGACAGGAUGUUAUUGAUGUCCAGGAGGAUGAAGUGUUGUUUCGUUACAUGGAAGCUGCCAGAGGUGGAUUUAAAUGGCCAACAGUUGAAGAUGUCAGCUGGGAGCAUCAUUCAUCAGUUACUCGCCACCUUGAUAACCCUGUUCUUGACAUCCAGAAGAGUUCAAACCAUGUUCAGAUUUUUAAGUUAAAUUAGACUUUGACUUUAUCACAGGGGAGAACCCUGUUCUUGACAUCCAGAAGAGUUCAAACCGUGUUCAGAUUUUUAAGUUAAAUUAGACUUUGACUUUAUCACAGGGGAGUACCCUGUUAUUGACAUCCAGAAGAGUUCAAACCGUGUUCAGAUUUUUAAGUUAAAUUAGACUUUGACUUUAUCACAUGUAUGGGAGAACCCUGUUCUUGACAUCCAGAAGAGUUCAAACCGUGUUCAGAUUUUUAAGUUAAAUUAGACUUUGACUUUAUCACAGGGGAGAACCAAUCAUUUGUUGUGGUAUUUUUUCUAUUAUAAUUUAGGCGAUUUCAGUUAAACAAAUAAAGUUAUGGGAAUACUUCAGUAUCGUUUAUAACGUUGGGGCCAGGUCCGUGUGCAGGGUCCAUCCUAGAGGGUAAUAGUCGAUUUGCCAGAUAUAGAUCACUGUGCAACUUGUCCGGGGUGAGCAAUGAUGUGUAACAAUGAAAAUGAUGUCAUCACAGAUAAAGUUGCACAAUAAUCUCUAUCUGGCAAAUCGACUAUUAGGGAGAAAUACUUGUUAGCCUAGAGCUAUAGAUUACCAAACUUCUCCAAUGCCGAACUCAAGAAGUGUUUUUAUAUAUAUAACGUUGCGGCACACCAAUUCGCCCACCAAAAGAAUAUAUUUAAACGGUGAGGGAAAAAUAAUAAAGUUAUGAAGCUUUUAUUUUGUGUCCACCCAAGAGAACAUGUGACCUUGAUAAUUGUCAUAACAUGUUUCCAACCGGGUUCAUAUAAAGGUCAGUAGUACCGUCGUCAGGUGUCUCU